GAUCAUAAAUAUUUCGAUCGCAAGUGCUCCGAAUGGAAUAUUCUUGAGUUUCUAGACGAAUGCGAAUUAGAACCGUUCGGAAAGAAGAUAGAAUGUUAUCUUACGUCCCUCGAAGUAAUAGCUAAUUGUGGGACAGACCGAAGACGCCAGCUAGCACAACUGUUACUCGAUCAGUAUAAGCAGGCAAGCUUCGAGCCGAGCCACGAAGCUGGUAUUAGGGCGUAUACGAUCUUUGAGGUCGUCUUACAUUCAAGGCUUCGAGCCGACCCGGUGGGAUGGAAAAUCAAUAGGCGUGUUUACCGGUAA